AUGCAUGACGUCCGCUCCGCCGCAUCUCCGAGUCCGAUGUCUGCGGCCGCAGGAAGCUUCACGAAAAAGGCCAUCGAUGCCGACGUUCUCCACAAAAUCGAGAUGAACUGCACGCUCGCCUGUCUGUUAGGGUGGUCAAGUGAUCAGAUGUGGAUGUUGAGCGGCCGAUGA